CAUCGGCUGCUCCAUCGGCCGGACGUUCGCCGUCUCUCCGAGUGAAAAGCCUCCUCCUCCUUCCUUCUCGGGCGUUCUAUACUCAAUGCGACGUGCAACAAAAUGCCGAUCAGCCUCCGUACACUGUGUCUCGUGACGCUGGUCUUGUGCAACAUCCACGGGAGUCUUGAACACGAAAUUCCGAGGAGGAGCUUCCUGUCGCGGCGGGCGAUCGACGGCACCAGAGGAAGGAAGUACUUCGACCCGGAAGAAGAAGGGGUAUUUGACAGUUAUGGGUCCGCGGGUGGCCAAUACGAUCCUUAUGAGGAGAAAACAGACCUCUCGGACAUCAGGAGGAACGUGCCAGGAGAGCCAGGCAUCGAUUACCCUGCGUACACGACGCUGCCCCAGACGGGAUUCACGUGCGAAGGACGUUCACGAGGUUAUUACGCGGACGAGGUGGCAGGCUGCCAGGUGUUCCACGUGUGCCACGACGUGCUGGUCUCCUCGUUCCUCUGCCCGAUCGGAUCCCUGUUCAGCCAGAAGCUGCUGACCUGCGACUGGUGGACGAAAGUGGACUGUCCGUCCAGCGGCAAGUAUAUCGACGUGAACCGCAACAGCUACCAGCAGGAUGACGACGAGAUGAUCAGGAACGCGUACGCGAUGAUUAGCCUGCAGUCGGGGACAGACGUGACCAAAGACGGUUUGGUGGAUCCUGAUCGGACAGGUAGCAUUAUAGACUAUCAGCGGGUCACCGGAAGACUGUUCGACUAUUCGCCCGGCGAUUCUACCGGGAACGACCUUAGAAACACGUUCGAGGACUAUCCUAAGUCGGUAAUUCGCAACUUCCUCCCUCCUUAUCAAGCGAAGGCCAAAAAGCCGGAAACGACGCGGAGCUACCAAGAGAGCUUCUAUCCUCGAGAGAAGACCGGGUCUCCUUACGAGGACUCGCCAAUCAUAAGAAUCCAGAAGAUCAAAAACUCCGGGGACCAACGGCCCAGAGGCUUCCAGGACACCUACCGCAGGCCCAACGAGUUCUCCAAUCACUUCCAGCCCUCUUACGCGCCCACCGUGCCCACUGUCACCACUACCACCAGAAGAUUCUACUCACCGACUGUUCCCACUACCACCUUCCGACCAUCUACGGUCGCUUACAACAAGCUGGAUCAGGCUAUAGACAGUUCGGAGUAUUACUUCUCUCACAGCGGCACCAAGAGCCUCGUCACACCUCCGACUAGGAUCAUCCACGAAGAGGAUAGAAGGCUCACGCAAGAAGCUAAGAAGAUUCAUGAUAGUUACGAGGACGACUAUGCGGAUGAAAAUAUUGAGGAACGUGGAAGAACCAAAGAAAGGUUCGAGGUUAGAGUAGCCGAAGAUCUGAGGUUCAAUCAGUCCAGUGUCCAUCAUCGCGGGCCGUUGUUCGACGAUGAUUAUAGGGGAUUUGAUGAGGAAGGGAUAGAGGAUAUAGAAACUAGGGGCAGCAUAGGUUUAGGCCACGCAUUGAAUCUGCCGUACAGAGGAAUCUCGGUUCAGCAGCAGAAUCCAGUAAAAGAUGAUGAUAAGUCAGGGAAAAGCGAUUCAACAGGUAAAGAGAAAACUAAAGCGGAUUAUCAGCAUACUUUGGCUAGGCCAGAGUCGGUGCCUAAUGUUGGAGACGUGGAAGAGACCACCGAACAAUACCAAAGAGACGAUCCAACGGGUUUAGAGAGUCUGGUACCUUCCACCACUCCUUCCUUUGUCGAGAGUACUAUAAAAGCUAGCACCGUGUCUUUCAAUGCAACUUAUGGAGGAUCUGAGAAGGAGAAAAGUGGCGUCGAUAGAGUAAACGGACCUGGAGAAUCCUCGGAGAACCAUAAAUUCCAGAUAAAAGUACCUGACCUGUCCGAAGUGUCUAGCCUUCUCAUCAGGUACUCUACGCUGGAUGAUUCUUCUGAUUUUGGCGCCAGAACUACCGAGCUGCCUAGGUUCCAGGACAUUUAUUCCGAUGAUUACGCCGAUAAGCAACCUAUUGAUGAUGAAGUUUCAGUGACGAGCAAUUAUGGGGAUGGAGAAGGGUUCACGGGUUCUAGGAUUCAAAGCUACUCAACGUCGAGACCUCUGAUAUCAUCCACUGGCCAGUGGUUUUCUACGUCGUCUGAUCUAGUAUCUAGAACUUCCUCUUCAUUGUUUGAAAAAGAUACUCAAGAGAAGAUUGUUAGCAGUCACGAGAAAACUGUGAAUCGCGGCAUUUGUUUGGACCAACUGGGAAAACCAUGUAACGCGACUUCUGGGAGCAGGAGUUCUGUCUCUUUAGAAGAAUCCUCUGUCCUGACCAGUUUUGGGAAUGGCAGUGAGUCUGGUACAAAUUCUAGAAGGACUUUCUAUGAUCCCAGUGCAAGUAUACUUCAUACUUUCGUCGAAACCGCGACGCAGAAGGUGAGUGACGGGACUCUACCAGGUUCUAUUAACAAAUUGGUCAGCAAUGAGUUCUCAGAGCCAAUUUCUAAACCUGUGACGCAGAGGAGUUUAGAGAAUAUAGGCGGAAAGUUGGAAAACGCUGAGAAUAGAAAAGAAGUAAUCGAGUCGUCGACGGUGAACGCGUUCUUCAAGUCCAUCACGCCGGAGACGUUGAAGCAAAUUGAAGACAAUAUCGAUAAGCACAAUUCUCCUUAUCAAGUCACCUUGACAGUGAACAAAGAUCAGGGUCUAGUACCGAGCGACGAUCUGAUUGGUAAAUUCGUCACUCAUCAGAAUGGACAAACUCCAAUUCCAAGUGACAAGUUCCAUGAACUGGAGAUCGUCAAGUCUAUAGAGCCUGAAGAAAUAAGAACUGAGCCAGAAGCUACCACUACGAGCGCCCUGGACUACGACAACUAUCAAGACACAGAUGUGAACUUCACUAGCGAAUCUGUAGACUCUCUGAAGAAUCGCAGCACGAUCAGUCUUCUUCAGCUGAUGUCCGAGUUGCUCAAGCUGGACCGUGCUCCUAGACCCUUCUCUUUUGGGAACGAAGGAUCGAGGACGCAAACUUCUGGAGCGCAGAGAAUUGCCGAGGACGUGAACUCUAGCAUGCUAGCCAAGGAAGACGUUCCCAGGCAGCUAGAGGAGACUGCCACAGGCAAGAAUUCCACUUCUCAGGUGAAAACUCCUGUGCCAUUGAAGGAGAAGAUUCUGGGUCAGCUGGCGGAACACUUCGGCGAACCUCUCUACAAAAGCGACCGGUAUUUCGAGCUCCCUCAGCCAAAGAGGACACUGGACUUCCAAACUGGGCUGCCCCUUAAAAGCUCGAAGUCCAACGAAGGGUUUACUGAUGAAAGUUCAAGCAAAAUCGCCGAGGCAUCCCCUAAAGUUAGCACUGAAGCGCCGACCACGACCACCACCACGCAGAGAACUGUUUUGACAACGGAGGCCGCGAAGACCGUAGUGAAAACGGAGUUUCUACCUUCGAUCGGGUUCACGUUUGACACCGACGAAGGCCGGGAGGAGUACGUGGAGGCUGUCUUAGGGGGUCUGAUCGAGCCGCAGCCGGCAGAGAGUGAGAAAAAGAAUAUCGUAGUAGGAGUUGAUAGUGGAUCUAGGAAUGGGACUUCUGAUAGAAAGGUGGAUAAAUCGGGGGAAGGGGCGGAAAGCUUGGAAAAAGAGGUUAGAAUCUCGGAGAAGGUUUAGAGUAUCGCUAGUAAUGAGUAGAUUGCGGAUUCUCAUGUAAAUUCAUUUUUCUAUGCCAAGUUUUGAAACUGCGGGGAUUUACUUGUGAAUUUUGUUUAUGGGAGCACGGAAUUCUGACUAGAAUAAAGUAAAGUAAUCGAAUAAUUUAAUUAAAUAGAAUGAUUUGACAAGUGUGAAGCAAUCUGUGAAAUUUAUAUUGGUUGAAGUUUACUCUACUGGAUUUUAGGGUACGAACGUGUGAAAUCCGCGAUCUAGAAGAACGUGAACUUAGUUUUAGAACGAAGUCUGUGAUGCGCAGUUUUACGAUUUAGACACACGGGACCGCCCAUUCUUGGUCUUGUUAUCUUUUUGUUACGUGUGCAGGGUGAGUUUGGGUAAUGGGGGAUACGACAGAGUGUAUUGGAGCACUGGUUAUAAUUUCCUGUACGAUUUUGUUCUUUUUUUGUCAGCGAGGGUGUGCGAGAGGGUGUGC